AUGUCAUACUAUUUUACCAUCCUCUCGCCAACGGAUACGCCGAUCUUCAACAUCGCCUUUGGCACAUCCAAAGGCGGCGGCGAUGGCAUUGCGCGGUUCCGCUUCCCGGACACAGCGCAGUACAUGAACCAGUUCAUCAUCCACUCCAGUUUAGACAUUUUGGAGGAAGCACAGUGGACAAACGGCGGAAUGUACCUCAAACACAUCGACACCUAUCCUCCCGCCGCAGCCUACAUUUCCGCCUUUCUCACGCCCAGCGGAGCCCGUUUCCUUCUCCUCCACCAGCCUCCGCUUGUCCCCAAUCCCGCCAGCAGUAGCGGCCUCGGAUCAUCGUCCUUACUGGGAUCAUCUGGCAACACCGUGCGUGGCUCGUCGAGCACUAUUGCGACUAACCCGACCGGCCCGCAGACCGAGGAGGCAGUACGUCAAUUUAUGAACGAGGUAUACGAGAGCUAUGUCAAGACGGCAAUGAGUCCAUUCUACAAACAGGGAAUGGAAAUUUGCAGCCCUGUUUUCAGGACAAGAGUCACUGCCGCGGGGAAGAAGUGGCUUUAA